AUGACAGCACUCAAGGCGAUCGCAGUUGGCGGACUGACGGUCUUUGGGGUCUCAGCGCUGACUGUGCCGGCUGAGCGGCUAGACACCGCUCAGAGGCCUCUGAACAUCCCUGAGUCCUUGGACCAGGACUUUGUCCCAAUCUCAACACCCAAACAGCUGGUUGACUCAGAGAGCCUCCAAGCCAGUAUCACUAGCGAUAAGCUUCUCGCCCGGGCAAAGCAACUCUACGAAAUUGCCGGAUUGAGCCGUGAGGAGUAUAACCAUCCCACUCGUGUGAUUGGCAGCAAGGGCCAUCUCGGCACUCUCGACUACAUCGUUGACUCUCUCAACAAGCUGGAUGGCUAUUACAAUGUCUCCAGACAGCCUUUUGGUGCAGUAUCUGGCAAUGUCUUUUACUCUGAGCUGGUACUUGGUCAUCACAGGGCAGAGACAGCCCAGCCCAUGGGCCUGACCCCUCCGACAGAGGGCCGCUCACCCGUUCGUGGCGACCUUGUCCUCGUAACCAAUGACGGCUGCAAGCCAGAGGAUUAUCCUUCGGAAACAGCUGGAAACAUCGCCUUCAUCAAGCGUGGAAGCUGCCCCUUCGGCACCAAGUCAGCGCUUGCUGGGAAGGCCGGUGCCAUCGCGGCGAUAGUGUACAACUACAACCCGGAUUCGAUUAUCGGAACUCUGGGUACCCCCUCUCCGGACCAUGUCGCGACCUUUAGCUUGAGCGGCAUCGAAGGGAAGCCCAUUGUGGAGCAUCUCAAAUCUGGGGAGCGCAUCAGCGCGACUGCCCACAUCGACGCGGUCGUGAAGACCAUUGAGACUUACAAUAUCAUCGCACAAACCCAGCAUGGUGACCCCGAGAACUGUGUCAUGCUCGGCGCGCACAGCGACUCGGUCGCCGAAGGGCCCGGCAUUAACGACGACGGGUCUGGCAGCAUGAGUCUGCUGGAGGUGGCCACGCAGCUGGCAGCCUUCCGGGUGAACAAUUGCGUGCGCUUUGCGUGGUGGUCGGCUGAGGAGGAGGGCCUGCUGGGCAGCGAUUACUAUGUCGAAACGCUCACUGCCAGUGAGAGGCAUAAGAUCCGGCUGUUCAUGGAUUACGACAUGCUGGCGAGCCCGAACUUUGCCUAUCAGGUGUAUGAUGCGCGCGACAGCGAGGAGGGUAUCCCCGUAGGCUCGCAGGCGCUGCGCGAUCUCUAUGUGCGCUGGUAUGAGGCGAAUGGAUUCAACUACACGUUCAUUCCGUUUGAUGGGCGCAGCGAUUAUGAUGCAUUCAUUCGUGGAGGAAUACCGGCUGGUGGUAUCGCUACCGGCGCUGAGGGUAUCAAGACGCACGAGGAGGCGAUUGCUUUCGGCGGAGAGCCUGGCAUUGCCUAUGAUCCUUGCUAUCACCAGCUCUGUGAUGCGGUCAGCAAUGUCAACUUGACUGCGUGGGAAGUAAAUACCAAGUUGGUUGCCCAUUCCGUGGCCACGUUCGCCAGGUCGUUUGAAGGCUUCCCCAAGCCCGGCGAGAUUAAUAACCUUGCGGCUGAGGAGGCGGACAAGGCCAAGGGCUAUGCCAAGCGCGUGCAGUACCGUGGUUCUCGACUAUUCAUCUAA